AUUCAGCCACAAUAUGGAAGCUUCCAAGCAUUGCGAGCAAGCCUGCCCCUGGCCAGGCCAGCAACACCCCACUGCUACUACCUAGGUACUAAUACCUAAGUAAAGCCGGAGCCGCGAUGAAUCCCGCCCUCUCCAAGUUUAUGCUUAAGAGUACACCCAAGAGUAUCCUUAACCCACAGCCCGAAAUGAAUACUGCUAUUCCUCUCAACACUGGCGCGACCAUCCCCGCCCUGGGCUUGGGAACGUGGCAGUCUGCGCCUGGUGAGGUCAAGAAGGCUGUUGUCCAUGCCAUUGAAAGCGGUUACAGGCACAUUGACUGCGCUUUCUGCUACCAAAAUGAGGAUGAGGUCGGUGAGGCGCUUCAGGAUGUCAUCUCGCGCGGAAUCGUGAAGAGAGAGGACUUGUUCAUUACCAGCAAGCUCUGGUGCACAUUCCACACUCGCGCUGAGGAGGGUCUGCAGAAGAGCUUGGACAUGCUCAAGACACCUUACGUGGAUCUCUACCUCAUGCACUGGCCUGUGCCCAUGAACCCCAAGGGAAACCACCCUCUCUUCCCUAAGCACGAGGACGGCUCGCGAGACAUUGACACCUCCAUCACCCACCAAGACACAUGGAAGAACCUCGAGAAGCUGAUCCAAUCACACCCUGACAAGGUCAAGGCCAUUGGUGUCGCCAACUACUCCGUCAAGUACAUGGAGAAGCUACUGGCACACGCUACCAUUGUUCCUGCCGUCAACCAGAUCGAGAACCACCCACUGUGCCCACAACAAGAAGUCGUCGAUUUCUGCAAAGAGAAGGGCAUCCACAUCACAGCCUACAGUCCGCUCGGAAGCACAGGCUCACCACUCUUCAAGGACGAGGGUGUCAACGAGGUCGCAAAGAAGCACAGCGUCGGUCCUGCCGUUGUACUGCUGAGCUACCACCUCGCCCGCAACUCCUCCGUCCUCGCAAAAUCCGUAACCCCAUCCCGCAUCGACGAGAACAAGAAGCUCAUCUCCCUCGAUGACGAGGACAUGCAGAAGCUGGAGAAGAUUCACAAGGAGAAGGGCAUCACCCGCUAUGUAUACCCGCCGUUCGGUGUCAACGCUGGCUUCCCGGAUAAGCCUGAGGGCAUGGAUCUCAGCGGACCUUGACUGCUUGGAGCAAGCAAGUUGUAGGUUGUGCAUGUAGGAUAGGGACAUAAAAUCUAUACCCAACAAGACAUUGGAACUCGCUGAAGAUACCUUCUUCAUACUUUUUGCUUGAGAGCGAUAGUUGGAGUUCUAAUGCCUUAA